UGUGAGGAAGAGGAGGAGUAAGAAGAGAUGCUCUGAGACACAGUUGAGACAUUCAGAUCAGGUUUGGUCUCAGCAGCAGCAGCAGAUUCUGGACCCUAAAGGUUCUGUUGGUUCUGGUCCUGAUGAAGAUGAUGUGGCUUCAGUCUGUGUCCAGCAGGAGUCGUCAGAGCGGCUCAGCAGGAGACGUCGAGGAGAACCGAGACAAAGAGAGGAGGAGGCUGCCCAAACUGAAGAACCCUGCAAAGAUCUGGAAGAACCGUAAACAGCAGUACCGCACUGACACUGCAGAGGAUGAGUUGAACUUUGAGGAGGCCCUGCAGCAGCAGCAGGUGGAGGAGCAGCUGGAGGACGUGAGCAGGAGGCUGAUCAUCAGGGAGGAGCAGCUGUUCAGUCAGGACUCCCACAGUGAGGAGGAGGAGAAGGACCAGCUACAGAGAGACUUUGAGGUUCUGAGGCUGCAGAUGUGGAUGGCCGUCCACAACACCUUCACCACCUCCUCCUCCAGCCCCUCCUCCUCCCCCUCCUCCUCCUGCACCUCCCCCUCAGAGCAUCUGAAGGUCCUAAGGAGCGCUGUGGCCUCCAUCCAGCAGCAGGAGGUGCAGGACCGGCGCUGGACAGACUGUGCAAAGGACAGAGUCCCCGUGUGGCGUCCUCAGAAGUGUCUCAGCACUCACAACACGCUGCUGCAGAAGAUGGUGGAGUCCAGACUGAUGAAGGCUGCUGAGGAAGACUGCAGCGGGACCGAAGGGCUGUCGUCUCCUCUGAAGAAGGAGGUGUGUCGUAUGGGGAAGCGUGUGAAGGAGGACCUGCUGACGGUGGUGCGGACGGUGCAGGACUGUUACCCUCCACAGAUGGACAUCCUCAACCUUUACUCUGUGCAGGUGUGUCUGAUGCCUGUUGCAGGAUACCUGUUCUGGAUCAAUCACUACUAUCCACAUGAAGUCCUGAAACAUGAAGAACUGGAGGGGAAGAUAAAGACAGCCUGUCUGGGUUCUCUGCUGCUGCAGGAUCAGCUCACCCGACUGGAGGACCAGUACCUGAACCACAAAGAGGACAAAGUGAAGCUGUGGCUGAACACAGCUCUGAGGAAAGAGGAGGAGAGCUGGCUGAGCGGGCACACACCUGAACUCAUCGACCAGUACUGCUUCAGUCCACUGGCCAUAGAUGUCAUACAGGUGAUAAACAGCUCCCUGACUGAACUGAGCUGUGUGGUCAGAGACCAGAGGAAAGCUCAGAGGAUCACAGCUCACCUGGAGAGCUUCCUCAGCAGCUACAGGAAGUGUGUGGAGGAGUUUGUGAAGGGAGCCCACGGUAACGUCCGCUCAGUGGUCAAAGCUCACCUGGUCUGUGAGCAGCAGUUCAGGGAUUACAUCACAGGUCAAACAGGAAGUCUGUCGGAGGAGCAGAGACGUCGCUGUCUGGACACUCUGUCCGCCCUGAAGGAUUGUGGGUACAGGUGUAUUACCUGUCCCAUUCACACCCAGAUGAAGGCAAGUUUCAGCCCCCUGUGGACGCCGGUCUGGUUGGACGGGUCACUUCCUGUCGUCGACUUGCUGCUGGACUCUCUGAGCCAACAGCUGACCGACCUGACCGACCUGAAACCAGCCUGCAGAAAGUCCCUGCUGUGUGUCCUCCAUCAGGACCUGGUUCUGCAGUAUGUGAAGAGGAUGAUGAAGACCAGGACGAAGAGCAGAGAGCAGCAGGUGGGCGGAGCUCAGAGGAUGACUGAAGACGCCCAAAAGAUCAAUGACUUCUUCAAACAGGAAGGCUGCAGUGAGUCUCUGUGGCUCAGUGAGAUGCUCUGCAGCGUCGCUGAGGUUCUCCGUCUGCAGGAUCCAGGAAGUGUUCAGCUGGAGGUCGUCAGUCUGGCCAGAACGUUCCCCGACCUCAGUGAUGCUCACGUGUCGGCGCUGCUGUCUCUGAAGGGCGGCCUACCAGCUGCUGACAUUCGCUCCAUUAGGCGCAGCGUGGAGGAGAACCGCCUCCUGGAUGUCUCCACCAAUCAGAGCCCUCCGUUCUUCUCCAAAGUCAAAGUCAAAUGGUUAAAUAAUAAGAUCAAUCAGAUGGCACUAAAGACUUGAACUGUUAUAGCAUGUUAGCAUGUUAGCAUGUUUGUGGUCAGUCAACAGUAUUUUAUGUGUAUUUACAGUGUGUUGCAGUUUUAUCACCAGUGUUGGGUAAAAGUUAGUUUAAAAGUAAUCAAAGUACGUUAUUGCGUUACUUUUUUAAAAAAGUAACCAGUUACUUUACUGCGUUACUCCCUGAGUAAAGUAACCCAGUUACUUUAAAAGUACUUCUAACAUUACUCCCUGAGAAAAGUAACUCAAUUACUUUUAAAGUACUUUUGAGUAUUCUACAUUUCUUAUUGGCCAAUGGACCACAGGGCGCUAAGCCUACAUUUUUUGUCUCCAAAUUAAAGUUAUGGACCACUUGUCCUUCACUGAGAUCCAGUUCUCCCAUCACAGCCGUCACUUUGACCAGUAGAGACACAGAACGAUCUGCUGCUGUAGACAACCGUAUGACAACAACACCCCAGCGUUUUUAAUAUUUCCUCUAGGGAUGUUACCACACAGAGUAAAAGGGGGAAAUGAUGGUGUGAAACAGCAGAGGCACUUUGUCAACCCGCUGAGUUAACGUUACUGUCAUUAGCAUCAAGCUAGCAAACAAUGGUACAUCCUCACGGUCGGACAUAAAGUAAUAACAUUAACAAAUAGCAGCGGGGCUUUUACUCACCACAGCUGCAGAGGCUCUCAGCUUCAUUUGAAACAAACUACAUUAUAGACGGUCCGUUAUUCAUUAAUCCCUCUGUGUGUUUAUAUAUUUACUUUUUAUCCGCUCCGUUGUCUUUGUAAAGUUAACACAUCGCACCGUCAUUUCAAACUCAACACUUGUUUCAAAUUAAAAGCCCCUUAUAACCUCGGCUGAGAGAAUCCCUCCAUUUUCUAAAUAGGCUUUUAUUCUGAAACAUUUGUCAGAACUUCCUGUGGAAGAUACAGUAGCUUGACAGUUUACGUAUGGCGCUUCAAAUGUAGCUCCUGCCAUCUGCUGACGCUUUUAGGUGACUACAACAACAUGUCGGCUGGCACAUGAACACACACAGUGACUCAAAUAAUAGUGAAAGUAAUAAAAACAGGACAAGAAUAACCCGAUGACAUCACACACGCCGUGAAAGACGACUGGGGAUAAUUGGUGAGUACCAGCGUGUAGCGUGUACCAGGCAUAAUGCAAGUCCUGAGUCUGAAAUAUGUCUGUCAGCGAGUCCUACUCCACCUAUUUAGACUCCACCGUAGACAACAGCAGCAUUUCUCCGACCACGUAGCGAGCCACAAGCUCCGUGGCUUCUUUCAGACUGAUAGGUUUAACGUUAUCUCCGUUAUUAGAACCAAACGACAGUCGUUGUUGUUUCGGAGCUGAAGGACCAGCGUUCUAAAAGUAACGGAAGUAACUAAUGUCUUGUUUGAAAAUGUACUGAAGUAUUUGAUUACUCAAACAGCAAACUAACGCGUUAGGUUACUCGUUACUGCAAAAAGUAAUCAAAGUACUUUCAUACCCAACUCUGUUUAUCACAGUACAUUUUAUUUUGAAAGUCAAUGCUGAUGAAGGACGAAAAGCUAAAAAACAUUUCAUACAAUGCUUCAAAUGUAACAGAACCCAGAUCGUGGUGUUCCUCAGGGUUCAAUCCUGGAUCCUCUUCAGCUCCUCUUUAGAACUUUAUCUGUAAGAAACGAUACAAGAACAUGGUACAAACUGUGAUGUUGUGUUCACACCAAACAUCAUGGGAACUGUCACGUCAUGUUACUCGCGGGAGUUUGAACGUAAGAAUAUUUUGUGUUGACUCACUUCAUAGGUGUGGAAAACUUGCAUCAUAUGCAUGUGAAAUUGUUGAAUUGAUAAAUGAACUUACAUACAUCCUCUGCAUCAUACGUCCCCAGAGGAUCUCAAUGCUGAUUAGCUAUUGUGACACGAAUUGGUCACAGAAGUUCAGAUUUUGUAGAAAUGAUACAACAUGGUACAAACUGUGAUGUUGCGUUCACACCAAACACGACAGAAAUUUUCACAUUGCACUACCCGCAGAAGUUUGAAUGCCAGAAUAUUUUAUGUUGACUCGCUUCAUAGGCACGUGAAAUUGCUGACUCAGAUUUUUAUCUCUCACAAGUAAGUAAGCGUAUGAUGCAAAAUCGCUCUGCUUGCUUCAUUCACGCUGCUUUGCAUCGUGUCCAUUGUGCAGCCCGAUGGGAAUUUACAUCUAAUCACAUUUUUACAUUAACUUUACCUGUAAUUCCCUCACACAAAUUGUUUUAUUCACACCUGGUGUGAAUGCAACUUAACUGUACAUGAAGAUGAGUGUAACAGAACAUGGUGUUCCUCAGGGUUCAAUCCUGGAUCCUCUUCCGUUCCUCUGUAAGAAAGGAUACGAGAACAUGGCACAAAGUGUAACGGUAUGUAAAAAUGAAUAUGACACAAACCAGAAUUUAUAUAUUGAUUGUUAAAAUAAGGACGUCAGGUCUCUGACAGGCGUUGUCAUGGUAACGAGCUCUACAAAAUACCACAAACAGGGAAAUAGACUUAAAAUAUGUAAUUAAUUCGCAUAACUGCUGGUUCACGAGUUCCACCACGCAGAGCUCAUGUGACAGUUAACAAAGUCAUUGAGCACGGUUACAGGCACACAAUAAUCAGAUAACUGGGAAUAAUAAGGUAAUGGUAAUAAUCUGAUUUGACGCGUUCACGUGCACUUCAAUAAUGUGACAAUCAGAAAAACCUGGUUUACAUGAUUCAGUUCUCCCCAAGUACAUGACAUAAAACUCAAACCUCCUGUUACAGCAGGUACUCAUAUCCUUGAAAAACCAUCAUAUAUUAGCAGAAUAAAGCACUCAUCAUGCUGACAGCUUAUAUUCUUACAGUACUGUUUGUUCUUAUCAUUAACAAAUACAUGUGAGAGCAUUCUAAUGUGUAGUUUAUCAGUGUGGAGCCAGUUUUACAUACUUUGGGUAGAUUCGGAGUAAAAGUACUGCAAAGAGCAAUAUACAAGUGUAGUGUAUAUAAACUUGUCGCACACAGUUCAUAACAUAUAAGUAAGAUAAAAUACAAGUGACAAUUUAAACACUGAGAAUAUAAAAAUAUGUUAUGUCAAAUCUUUAUCUGAAAGGAAACAAAAGCUGUCAGAUUAACGUAGUGGAGUAGAAAGUACAAUAUUUCCCUCUAAACUGUAGUGGAGUGUAAAACAGCAAAACCUGAAAGAAACCAGAUUAAAGGGUAAACAUGCACCGAGUAAUCUGACUACUGGGGACGAAGCUAGGUGUGUGUAUCUGAUUUCUCAUAAUCAGAUAAUGGCUUUUAUCUGAUAAAGCCUAUCGGAUCAUGCUGUUUACAUGACCACUUGAAUAAUCAGGUAACUCCAGAAAUCAGUUACUGAUGGGUUUAUUAGUGUGCAGGUAAACGCGUUCAUUGUUGAAGAAAGUGACACCUGAUGAUGUCACUGUGUCACAUGAUCAGCGUAAUGUCUGUCACCAGACUUUACUCAAUAAAUGUUGGAUGUCGUGGA